AUGAGCUUUAUUGCCGAAACAAAAACUUCAUUAAUGCCAGCAAUUGUCAAUUUAAAAAUGUAUUCUGGUGAACCUGGAUCCGGAGCUGGUAGAGGUGGUGGUGGUGGUGGUGGUUCUAUACAUGAAGCUGGUGGCAGUUUUGAAAAAAUGGAGGCUGUAAGAGAAGAUGAAUACUUUUAUAAAAAGCAAAGGCAGCAACUUGCUAAUUAA